GUGGUGACUCGAGAGCUGCGCAUGACUCGGCGUGCCAUGGCGACGCGAUCGUCGGCGUCGCCGCCAACAAGCUCUUCAAGUUCAGGCGGCUGCCGUCUGCAGCCGUCACCUGGGCUGCUGUGCGUAGCGGCGCCGCCCAGGGCCAUGGGCCUCUGGCGCCUUCGCCCUUCAUCCUCGAGCUCAGCGCCGACCACGUGCUGGGCGUGGCGGAGGGGGCCCUGGCCGUGUUCGACCCGCUCGGAGCGGCCCCCGCCGCCGCAGCGCCUGGCGCCCUGGCCUUGGCUGGCGCGGCCGCGCCCCCCGCGGGCGCCCCUGGGCCGCCUGCCGCGGCUGCCGCUACGCCUGUGGGCGGGCUGGGCGCGCUGGCUGCGGCGCUCGGCGCGGGGGGGGCCGCCCUGCCUGCCGCCGCUGGCCCUCCGGGCGUCGGCGCCGCCGCCGCGGCCCCCGCGGCCCCAGGCGCCGCAGGGUCUGAUCCCCGCGUGCUGGCCACCGUCCUCGACGCGCGGGGGUUGCGGGACAUGCCUUUCAGGGGCGCUGCCAAGCGCCAGACCGAGACCCCCCGCGCCGACUGGCCCGUGAAGGGCCUAACGACCACGAUGUGGGUGCUCCACUUCAUGCUCCGCAUGGCGGGCGGGGCGACGGCGUGGCUCAAUCGCUGGAUGGCCAUGAAGCAGGCCUCGGAGACGGACGACGCCGACAGGCUGUGCGAGACGCUGCGCCGUGUCAUCGAGACCUCGCUCUGCCACGACCAGCUGAUCAUCUGCAAGCUGUCUUCUUACGAGUUCCUAUCGCGGCAGCUGCUGAUGGUGGGGGGGCGCUUCUUUGAGGAGCGCGCGCGCAGGGCUCGCCCUGCGCCCAAGGCCGAGGGCCAGGCCAAGGACGGCGCCGCGGCCGCGGCCGCCGACGUUUCCUCCGAGAUCGGCCACUUCCUCGGCACUGGAGAGGCGAUGGGCAAUUUGUGCAUUUUCCCACCCGUAAUGAAUUGGAUCGCUGAGCAGAUGAAGAGCGAGGCUGCCGUUGCGAAGGAACGCCGCAAGGUGACCAUCGCCAGCGUGACGUUUUUCCGCUUCCUCUUCUUCCAGUGGAUGGGCGUCGCCAUCUUCCGCUUGGUCGUGGGGCUCGUCUGCGCGCCGCCAAAGGCGGCCUCAGUGGACUACAUCGCGGGCUCGCACCGCGACUUCGAGCUGCCCGCCGCCUACUCGGAGAGAGGCCGCGAUUGCGAAGCAUCCCUCGUAGAGAUGCUCGCACAGGCACCUGGCUACGCUGGUGACAGCGGUCGAGUGCGCCCCUACAGCACGCCGCUUGUGGCCUGGCCCGAGUCGACGAAGGCAGUCUCCACCUGCGGCGUCGUCUCCGAGGCCGACUCCAUCGUGCUGCAGGAUUGGAGGCAGAGCAUGUUGAAUCCCGAGUCGGUGGCGGCGGAGCUGCGCGAACCGCUGGGGGGUAUCCGCCCCUAUGUCGAUCCUGAGCUGCGCUUUAAGCCGAAGUCCUACGCUGAGUUUUUGAAGCAGCUGGAGGCCCACGGCAUGAUCACCUGGCGGGUCUCCAGCGAACAGGCAUCCUUCUCUACUGGUCUCUUCUUCGUGCAGAAAUCAAACGGCAAGCUGAGCCUUGACUGCGACGACAGUUUUCAUUUCGCGCAGGGCGACAUUCAGUGUGCUUUUUAUCAUUUACGACUGCCAGCUGGCAUGGAGUCGCUGUUCUCUCUGCCACCGAUAAACAACAGAUUCGUCGGCUUCAAGUCGGUCAACGGGGUUCGUCUCGGCAUCAACGACUGCGUCCAGCCUCUUGUCACGGUCGUUCCCAUGGGGUGGAGUUGGGCCCUUCACCUGUGCCAGAGUGCGCUGACGAGAGCCCUGUCGGGUGUCGGGUUCGGCCGUGGCGAUAUGAUUCUGGAUGGGGGCUGCCUUCGGCCCUUGGUCGCUGAGAAGGACGCGGUGUGUGCAGGAUACGUUGACAACUUCUGCGUCGUAUCCAAGUGUGCCGAGACAGCCACGUCCCUGGCGCGUGCCGUUGCUGACCUUCUCACGGCCCGCGGGUUGCCUGUCUUGGUAUUCUCCCCUGCGGUCAGUAAGGGGGUAUUCACGGGCUUGGAGAUCGACGGAGCCACUGUACUUGGGAUGAUCCUGAGGCGCGACGUUCUGAGCAUCUUUAACGCGGUCUAUCGGUUCAUGGGGGCUGUGGGACCUCAUUCUGGACCCCUGUGGCCCUCGGUCGUCAGGGAGUUGUCGGCUGCCGUGGCCCGCAUCCCGCUCUGGAGUGCCUCUACAAGGUCGGCCGAGUCGCCGAACGCUGGAGAUAUCGCCAUGGGGAUGCCGUGCUUGCCAGAUCACAUGCCCUUGACGUCGACGGUCGAGACGAUGCUGCCGACGGUCCCUGAGUCCAUCUACGGGGCCGAGGGUUGGAAGACCAUGCACUCUAGCCGUCAUGCCCGCCGUGGCUGCGAUAUCCUUCAGUGCGAGGCGGAGGCCCUGGGGGUCAGCGUCCAUCAUGCCUCGAGGGCCCUGGGUGCUCAUCAUCAUCGCGUCGUCUGCAUCGUGGACAAAUUGGCUCUAGCUCUGUCGCUCGGCAAGGGGCGGUCUGGGAGCCGACAGCUUCUCCGCGCCCUGCGGCGGAUCGCUGGCGCGGCCCUCGCCUGCGGCCUGCGCCUGCUCGUGCGGUGGGCGCCGUCAGAGAGGAAUGUCGCGGACAAGCCGUCGAGGGAAGGUUUCUUCGUCGGCCCUAGCUUCGAGGAGGUGAUCAAGGCUGCGAGGACCAGGCGGGAACAUCCUGGUCCGCUGACGCUCCUGCGGGGCGGGCUGUCGGUGCUGGAGGCCAACGCGGUCUCGGAGUCGACUGGCAAGGACUACCGCGCCUCCGCCCUCAGGUUUCUGAACUGGUGCCUCUGGACCGCCAGGGACUUCAAGAACAGGGUCGAGCUCGACACGAUCCUCGUGGUGUUCUUCGUCCACCUCUUCCUCGACGGGCACGACAGUGCGACGGGCCGCGUCGCGAUGGCCUCUCUGAAGCACCAUCUGCCGUCGAUGCUGAUGGGCAGCCGCCCGCUGCCGCGGGCCUUUCGGGCCCUUCAGGGUUGGGCGAAGCUCGUGCCGCCGCAGAUGAGGCUGCCGCUGCCGAGGGUCGCGAUGUUCGCCAUCGUGGGCGUGCUGCUGUCUCAGGGGCUUUUGUCGCAGGCGGUCUUCGUGAGGAUCGCGUUCGACACGUACCUCCGCCCCAGCGAGGCCUACCGUCUCACGGCGGCCCCCCUGAUCGCGCCGAGGUCGGGCGCCACGGAGGGCCACCAGCACUGGGCACUGUUGGUGAACGACGCGGCGAGCGGGAGGCCUGGCAAGACGGGGGUCACCGACGAGAGCGCCGUCGUCGACGAUCCGCUCCUCUGGCCUCUCCUCGAGGCGCUUCGGCAAGGACGCCGCGCGGAGGAGAGCCUCUGGGCCUUCGCGCCGCACCAGCUGCGGCGCGCUUUCGCGGAGGCCCUGGUCCAGCUCGGGAUCUCCGACCAGCAGACCUCCCUCUACUCGCUGCGCCACGGGGGGGCCUCCGACGACCUCCUCUCGGGUCGCCGCGCGAGGAAGGAGGUCAAGGGCCGCGGCAGGUGGAGGACGGACCGGUCUCUGAACUGGUACGCCAAGCGGGCGCGCAUGCAGCAGCGGCUGGGUCAGCUCGACCCCGCGCUGGUCGACUUCGGGCAGAAGGUCGAGAGCGAUCUGCUGGGCCUGAUGGACGCGAUGGCGAGGCGCCUGUGGCUACGUGCGCGGGCGCAUGCCACAGUGAUGCCGUGCCUCAUCAUGCUCUGCACCUGUGUCCCCGACCGAGUUCGGCGAGUGUGCGAGGCCCGCGGGCUCGGCACCGUUGCGGUGAACGUUGCUCGACAUCGCCUCGACGACCUCGCUGACCCUCAGGUUCUGAAGGCUCUGACUGGCUGGGUGCGCGCCUCGGCUGUGCUCGGAGUCUAG